CUGAUGAUGAAUCAUUGACCAGUGCUUCACUUGAUUCAAAGAUCUUACUGGAGACUUUCAUUGAACACUUUGGCAAAGACCUCCAGAACACAACUGCAGCUGAACCUUUUCGCUCCAUGGUCACAACAUCAAAUCCCUCUCCAGCAAGAUUGUGUCCUGGAACAAAUGAAGCAUCCUCACAUUCUUUUGAUGUGCCUAAUUCAUCCUCUCCAGAAACUGUCAGGAGAAACAAAUGGCUUGCCCAGAAAGCAAUAAGUCUGGACAUUUUCCUGUGCUCCAGCCAUUACCAUCUCCUUCAUUCACCGGAUCACUCACCUCUGUUUCUCUUUGCUCCAGUCACCGCCAUCUCACACCACUCCUUGGAAUAUAUUAUCUCUACACUGUAAAAUGUAACUGAUGAUCUUACUAAUAAAAUUAAGUGACUAUAACUUAUUUUGAAUAAGUUUAUUGACCUUACUGAGUUAAACUAAGCAAUGACAAUUUUUUGGCACGGAAAGUUAUUAAACUCAACAGAUUCAAUUAACCUCUACUUAAAACAAUGAGUAUUUUGAAAUUUUGCGAGUGGUGAUGUGCAGUUCUACCUGUAGGUGGAGUCGAUUUGCAUGCUGAGGGGAAAAGCACAUGGAGAGAGCUUGUUUUGUGGAUUGAGACAUGCAAUGGAAAUGUAAGUACUGUGUUUUUGCCUGUGAAAAGAGAGCUCUCCUAUUGAAGCAUUAUCAUAUAAAACAUGGAAGCUACACCAGAACAACCCCAAUUCCAUGCCUCCACACAGACUGUUUGUGUUCAUUCAAGUCAUUUAAUGCGCUGAAGGUGCAUUUAACUAGAAAUCAUUCUCAACAUGUUGAUACAGAACAAACAAGUGGAUCAAAAGAAACACCUUUAAUAUUUCACUGUGAAUUUAAGGAACCUUGCACAGAAUCCCUGUUUUUCUCCCAAUUGCGUCAACAUCUAAAAAAGAAUGAAAAGGUUCAGUGCCCAUACAAAGACUGCAAUUUUGAGAGCAGAAUUUAUUCAGCAUUUAAUGCUCACAAAUGUAAAGAACACCAAUUCAGCAGUCAGAGGAAAUUAAACCCCAACACUGCAGUUGAAUCACAAAAUUUAGCUGCAGAUUUACCACAAGAUGUUACACAAAAUACGUCUUCUUACCAUGAGUCAAUGGAUACUACUGAAUUUGGCCAAGAUGAAUAUGAAGAAGAGGACCAGACUCAAAAUCUGGAUCAUUUACAGAAUCAGCUUGAACGUAAUUUAGGUUUGCUCUUUCUUAAGAUGCAAACCAUUCUGCAUAUAUCUGAUGCAGCAGUACAGGAAAUAAUUCAACAAAUUAAUCAGAUCUUUCUUCUCACAAAGCCCCUUUUGUCUAAUGCAAUACAACAGAUUCUAGAUCAACAUGGAGUCAGUGAUAAUAAUUCUGUUUUGAGAGACAUUGUGAAAGUUGUCACAGAGAAUAAUUUGAUCUUGAAAAUGACCGAUUCAGGUGAGUCUCUCUCUACAGUCAGUAAAAGAGCAUCAUAUUUUCAGAAAGAAUUUCCAAUAGUUAUGCCAAUAGAAUAUAAACUUGAGGAAGACUCACAAUCAUUUGCAUAUGUGCCAAUUCUGAAUAUGUUACAGGUGCUUUUAAACAGACCCACACCUAUUAUUUAGCUUCAGAAGACAUUGAUUCAUUCACUGGGGUCAUAUGGAUUACUGUCAUGGUGGCUGUAUGUGUUUUUUGGAGCUUCAACUUUCUGGCACCCAUUCACUUAUGUUAUAUGGACUCACAGAGAUGGAUUAUUUUUCUAAAAAUCUUUGUUUGUGUUCAUCUGAAGAAAGAGAGUCGUAUACAUUUGGGUUCUCCGUGGCCUUCCUCUCAUUCUUGGAGAAGAAACUACAGAGUUUUUUCAAACAUGUUUGGCGAGUAUCCUUCCCUGUGUAUUUCAUUCCAAACUAUAAUGCCCACACACAUAUAGGCAUGCCUCAUUCAACUAUGUACACUUAACUCUCUUAGCUUGGACCAGACGCACAAACUCUGCUUUUGUGAAGUUUUUUUUUUUUUUCAUUUCUUUUUUUAACUCAGGCCAUUCUACAAUUUUAUUUAUUUAUUUUUAAAUUUUUUUUAAAUUUUUUUUUUGUAUGCAAGUUCUACCUUCAUUGUACAGUUCAUUGUUUUGAAUAUAAAUUGCACACAAUAUUUUGAUUCACAACCUUUAUCUCUGUUAGUUGUACAUAAAGAAGGUGAUGGUCCUGGAUCUUUAAAUGACACAUACAUUUGUGAGGUUUGGAUUUUUAAUGUAAGUAGGAUUGUAAUAUUUCUGUUUUUUAUUAGGACUGUGAUUGUGACACACCCCAGAUUUCCAUUGGGAUUCUGACCGUGAUACCUGAAGACAGCCAGGAUUCUCCACAAGCACUGCAUUUGGAGGCUUCACACACAGCAAUUAUUCUAGAAGGAGCCAUAUCGAUGGAUGAUCUCGAAAACCUUCCACAUGCCAUGUGCCUACUUUUUGGGCUGAUAAAUGCGCUAAAUUUGGAGGACCCUCCGCAGCUAAAGAUCACCUUUGAUUUUAUUCAAAGAGUGUUUCUUUCCCUUGGACACAAAUCCCUGAAACCAAAACUACAGUCACUUAAAAACCUUCUGCUGAUGUAGUCUAUGCUGUGAGAGAUUGUGUUAAGCUUGUGGUUGCACAAA